AUGUGUUUCUUUCUAAUUUUGGCAACUACAGACAGUAUUCUCCUGGCUGUGAUGUCCUAUGACCGUUAUGUAGCUAUCUGCAACCCUCUACACUAUCCUCUGGUCAUGAAACAGACAAAAUGCACACAGCUGGCAGUGGUCUCCUGGUUUAGUGGCGUACCUUUCCAUGUAGGGCAAACUUGUCAGAUAUUUUCUCUACAUUUCUGCAACUCUAACCUGAUAGAUCACUUCUUCUGUGACAUAUCCCCUGUACUUAAGCUGGCCUGUGGAGAUACUUCUGUUAAUGAGCUGUAUGUCUAUGUAGUGACUAUUUUGCUUGCUGCAAUCCCUUUUUCAUUAAUAAUAAUAUCAUACAGCAAAAUAAUUGCCACCGUUUUGAGGUUGCCAACUGCUCAUGGACGGUCAAAAGCCUUUUCCACAUGUUCCUCACAUCUGGUGGUGGUGAUUUUGUUCUAUGUUUCUGCCUCUAUUACCUAUUUAAUGCCAAAGUCUAUACAUUCUGCAGUAAGUGACAAACUCCUCUCUCUUUUUUACACCGUUGUGACCCCUCUGUUCAAUCCCAUGAUAUACAGCCUUAGGAACAAAGAAGUGAUUGCAGCUCUGAGAAGAUUAUUACUUAGACCAUAG